AACUCGUACAUGGAGUAUGAAUCGUCCUCGUCAUAUAAAUUCACGCUUUUUCAGAUCCACAACCAUCGAGCAAGCUGCUCCAUUCUAUCCUAAUCGCUUUUCCCUAAUAUUCUUGCACAUUCGACGUUCUUGAGUCCAUUUCCAUCUUCAUGUUCAUUAUGUAAAAAAUUCGACUACAAGGAAAAACAUGGUCUCCCUCUCAACUGCCCUCUCGACUGCACUACACGACACUGUUUCACAAACUGGGUCUCAGUUUCGUCGACUUUUCUUCGAUUGGCCUGGCCCGAAGCCUGCCGAUGGUGGGCCUGAAAGUGACUACCAUGACGAGCUGUCCACGCUUCCAGUCAGGCAUGGGUAUUGUGAGCAACCAUCGCAUCAGCAGAAGAUACUUGGCAAAGUGUCGGACAGUAGUGAUGCGGAAGCGGAUGGUGGCGCGAGUAGUUAAGGGUUGUUGAUGUAACAUCAGUAACUCUAACUCAUUGACUACUUCCAACGGGGCCGGCGUAUAACAAGAGUUAUGAUAUGCGCAUUUUGACUCUGACUGCUCCAGCACCUCCAGUUCCCCUCUCUGCCUCUAAUCCUCCUUGACCGCUCGCCUGCAAACCGGUCCCGGCAGUGCGGUCGGUCCAGCCAUCGAUGUGGCUAUGCACAAGAUAGCCUAUGCUCGCACCAUUCUUAAAGGCGAAUAUGCAGGACGCGAAGCUGGUUUUUUGGAUCAUAGGGUUUUAGACCGACUGCGACAAGCUAGAGAUGUCGGAAUCGCUGACCAGUUUCAAGCAGGAUCCUUCUGGCACGGUCUGACCACUUGGUGGAGAUGGUGGUACAGUUCGGACGUCUACACCGCAGUCCACGAGGCGAGAAUGGACUUGGAAGCAUCGGCGGCGAGAGUUAUGAUUAGAUUUCAUUUUGAUUAAGUAGAGUAUUUUAUAAGAUGAAUGCAUUUUCUCUCUCUUUUCUUGUUGUCAGAUCAAGAAGGGGGAAAACAAGAGAGAAUAUGAAUAUGAAUCAUUCAUUCUGGAAAGAUGCAUCGGUUCCAACUUCCACAAGAGACCACUCUAAUUCCUUCCGUUCCCUUUUCGGUGGGAGUAAGGCUGCAGCCAUUUUAUCCUGUGCUGCUCACGAUCUCAGACCGUUUGAUCCGUUACCAAUGGUACAUCCGGUGUUACAGACAGUCGGGAGAUGACAAAAAACGGAGAGCGAUGACAAAAACUACUAGCGUGACCAUCCUCUUCAUCUAGUGCUAGUGCGUCAGCAUGGGUGUUCAAAAUGAAGGGCAAUAUUCACAAUAAGAUGAUUCAUUGUGAUGUUGAUACUCAGCGAUCCACACUGCUGACGUAUCUGGCAAAUGCAAAAUAAAUGCUUUCUGUCA